UUUACAAUUUCCCCAAAAUAAACACAAAACCUCUCUAAUUUAUCAACCCUUCCCCCGCCCCCACCACUUCCGCCACCGCCGUCGACACAAUCUCCGCCACAAGCUCGCAUGUAAUCUCCAUAAGUAUCGAUUCUCUCUGAUAUGGUUCUCUUAAGUCAAUUCAAAAUUUGAUACGAAACGAAGGAACGAAGUCGAUUGUUUCUGGAAAAUUCGGAGGACAUGGCGAAUAGUAAGUACGAGUACGUGAAGUCCUUCGAAGUGGAAGACGAAGUUAUGUUUCCCAAUCUGAUAGUCAUCCGCAUUGAUGGCCUUGAUUUUUCCAGAUUCUCCCAAGUUCACAAGUUUGAGAAGCCUAAUGAUGAAACGGCUUUACAUUUGAUGAAUUCUUGUGCAUCUGCUGUUUUGGAAGAAUAUCCCGAUAUAGUCUUUGCGUAUGGAUAUAGCGACGAGUACAGCUUUGUUUUCAAGAAAACAUCUAGAUUCUACCAGAGACGAGCUAGCAAGAUUCUGUCUUUGGUAGCCUCAUUUUUUGCUGCGGUCUAUGUGAAGAAGUGGAAAGAGUUCUUUCCUCAUAGAAAGUUAGAAUAUAGUCCUUCAUUCGCUUCCAAAGUUGUAAGUUGUGCAUCAAUAGAGGUUCUUCAAGUUUACCUUGCGUGGAGACAACUUGACUGCCACAUCAGUAAUCAGUAUGACACAUGUUUUUGGAUGUUAGUAAAAAGUGGAAAGACCUUAACUGAAACACAUGAGAUUUUGAAGGAUACUCAGAAACAACAGAGAAAUGAGCUUCUUUUCCAGCAAUUUGGUAUUAAUUAUAAAAUGCUUCCUGUAUUGUUUCGUCAAGGAUCAUGCCUUUUUAAGACAAAGGUGGAAGAAACUGUAAAGCAUGAUGAGAAUGGAAAUCCUGUAAAACGAUUGAGGAGAAGGGAAACUUUAGUUCAUUCAGAAAGUAUUGCCGGAAGAAGCUUUUGGAAUGAGCACUCCUCUCUUCAUAAGGAUCUUGGACAUUUUGCACAAGACAUUGGCAAAAUUGAACCGGAUUAUGUUAAGUCGUUUCAGUUUGAGAAUAGAUUAUUACCUUUAACUUGGGUUGUGGUUAGGAUUGAUGGCUGCCAUUUUCACAGAUUCUCUGAAGUUCAUGAAUUUGAGAAGCCAAAUGAUGAGCAAGCUCUGAAACUUAUGAGUUCAUGUGCAGUGGCUGUUCUUGAGGAGUUUCAGGAUAUUUCCUUUGCUUAUGGUGUUAGUGAUGAGUACAGCUUUGUUCUGAGGAAGGAAUCUGAGCUUUACAAAAGACAGUCCAGCAAGAUAAUAUCUGCAGUUGUAUCCUUCUUUACGUCUACAUACGUGAUAAGAUGGGAAGAUUUCUUCCCUCACAAAGAAUUGAAGUACCCUCCAUCAUUUGAUGGACGAGCUGUAUGCUAUCCAACAUCAGAGAUUCUGCUGGAUUAUCUAGCUUGGAGACAAGUCGACUGCCACAUCAAUAAUCAGUAUAAUACAUGUUUCUGGAUGCUUGUUAAGUCUGGAAAAAGCAAAACUCAAGCCCAAGAUUACUUAAAGGGUACCCAAACACGAGAAAAAAACGAGUUACUUAGCCAGCAAUUUGGAAUUGAGUACAGCUCAUUACCUUUAAUCUUCCGCAUGGGUUCUUCCGUUUUCCGCCUAAAGGAACGUGUUACAGAGGAGAAUGGAGUGGUUUCAGAAAAGCAAGUGGAAGAAGAAGUGGUCGUAGACCAUUCUAACAUUAUAGACCAAUGUUUCUGGCAACAACGUCCUCACAUUCUUAGCUCCUAAAACAGGGCAUUGAUUGUAGUACCCAACUUAUCGAAUCACAAAGUCAUAUUCCUCUGUUUUUGUCCAACGCUAAGGAGCUGUGGAGUGAAUAGACCUGUCAAGAAACCAACUCUCUCUCUCAGGGACUAUUCUAAAGGACUCCACUGAAGGGAAUGCACGACUUUUGUGGUCUUCCUCUUAAGGAAAGUUGUUGUCUUGUAUUAAAAAAGUUCCUUUAUUAUUUUGUUUUGUAACUGUGGUGGGAAAUUCUUGCUUAUUUGGGAAGGGUAUAUGAACCAGAAUCCUGAUAAUAGGAAGAAGAUUUGGUGUGCGGAAAUCGUGAUAGAAGAACGUGAUGAUGGAGUUGAGAGGGUUGAUGUUUUGCGUACCGUCCCUAGAAUAUGUCAGCUCUUGCAAUGCCUCGUUGUCUCGGUUUGAUUGAGUUGUAACCAUGUAUGAUGUUCGAAUUGUAGGAUCUAACUGUAGUAUCACUGAGUUAGGCCUUUAUUAUCUUUCUCUACACUUAUAUAUAUACACGGAUCCCUUUUGGCUAAGUCGAUGGAGAGUUUGAGCUUAUUUUUGUUUGA